AUGAAGGGGUGGGACUGUGUUGUUGUGGGUUCUGCAGCACCCAGAGACGGAUUAUGGCCCAGUUGCCAAAACAGGAAACAGGACGAUGCCGGCCGAGGUGUUUCAGGACAGCCCAUCCGGCAGCUUUCACCACCGCCCCAAGCUGUCGAGAGCAUCUUUCAUACGCCGGUAUCACAGGGUAUUCCGGAUGAACUUGCAUCACGCACUACGUCCUCGCGCAGUCCCGAACUGGAGGGACCAUGCUCAGUACACUACACGUCUUAUGACUUUCUCGAGGUGAGUAAUAGGGCCAGUUUACGAGUUGAAGACGUCACAUACCUUGCAUCCCAAGGGUGCUUCAACUUGCCCAGUCGACCAGCUCUAGACAUCAUUGUUCGACAAUACUUCCGCCUGGUCCACCCAUUAUUUCCUCUUCUCAAUGAGGUCGAGUUCUGCGAGAUACUCCAGGGCGGCGUGGUACCAAGUCCAUCGGCACCCAAGAUUUCCUUGCUGCUUUUUCAGUCUUUCCUGUUUGCGUCGUGCGAUUUUUCCAAGUCUACCCCCCUCGAAACCAUUCAAAGCAUGGGCUUCGUAGACUGUAAGCAGGCUAGGUCUUGUUUCUAUAGAAAAGCCAAGCUGCUCUACGAUCUCGAUGCCGAGGCAUCCUCACUCACUCUCUCACAAGCGGCCCUCCUGCUAUCUCGCGGCUCACUAUCUUUGAAUUUGAUUGCAAGCCAAAUGGACUCGGUCUGGCUGACCAUUGCCAUUACACAUGCAGAAAUUGUGGGCGCACACCAAUAUGAAUCGUCACUGUCAAUGCAUCAGUCUAAUGAGAACACACUGAAACGACUUUGGUGGUGCUGCAUCAUCCAGGACAGGCUGGCCUCGUUAUGCUUUGGUCGACGAAUGCAAAUCGAUGGCACACGUUUCGACGUGAGCUCUCAUCGGCCUUUGGGCAUAGCUGACCUGCGGGAUGAGAUUCACCAUAGCCAAGCUUUCAACGCAACCUUGAAAAGCCACUUGAUCAGGCUGCUGGAAAAGUUUAUCCAUCUCUGCCUAGUGCUGAGCACUCUAUUCCACCUCACACGUGCACAGGUUCAGCCGCUGCCUGGCGAUUUCAACAAAACUCUGACAGAGAUCGCUGCUGUCAAGAGUCAACUCCGGGAAUGGUACAAAGACAUAUCUCAUAGUCUGCCGCAUCUCAUCAAUCCCCAGGGGGGCUCACCACUCAUAAAGGACGAGGGGGACUUUUCAACUAUCAAGUUGUACUUCAACACAGUAAUCAUUUACUAUUGGUAA